AUUUUCGCCUUUUUUAAGGAUUUUAUAAAAUCUCGAUCAACUGAAAGUAUUUUAUGCUUAUUACGAGUGGUAACUGUUGUUUGUGCAAUUUAUUACAUUUUACCUAUUGGUUCUCGUAGCGCACAAACUGCUGCGUACUCGAAAGUUUUCAUUGCAGCUGCUGCGACAAAUGCAUUGCGAGCUCAUCAGCGAGUUGGUGCAAUUCAAUUUUCUCGUGAAUUUCUUGGACGGAUCUUGGUGGAAGAUUCUUGUCAUUAUCUUCUUUAUUCUCUUUUUUUCCUGACAGUCAGUCCUGUAACAAUGGCAUUGGUACCAGUCUUUCUAUAUGCAUUAUUAAAUGCUUGUAGCUUCAUUGUGCAAUUGUUCAAUGCAAUAGGAAAUGGUAGUAAUGCAGCGAUCCGAAAAAUUGCUGAAUUAACGAAUGCUAAUACUCAAAAUAUGCUUAAUGUAAUCGCAUGUUCUGAGAUACUUGUGAUGCCGAUAUUGGUCGUUAUGAUUUUUGCUGGAAAAGCAUCAAUAUUUCAUCCAUUCGUUUAUUAUCGUUUCUUGACAUUGCGAUAUUUAUCACGUAGAAACGCUUCAACAAGAAUGGCGUUUUAUCAUUUGCGAGUUUUUCUGGAAAAAACAGUUUCAUCGCCUAGUUGUCCCCAAAUUAUUCGAUUGAUUGUGCACAAUUUAAUCGCUUUCACAUGUCGUUUAUGUCCAACUGUCAAUUGA